AUGUCAACAGCAUUUACAACAGAUUCAUCAGAGGAAGAUUCAACAGAGGAAACUGAACCAUCAACUAUUGGAUUUACUGAUGAAUCAACUGCAAUUACAAAACCCCAAUCAACCACAAGAGUUACAGCUGGAUUCACCUUAGAAGAAACAACUAUAGACUUCACUGAUGAGACACUGGAACCGAUAACAUCAAUCCCAUCAGACAUAACUACAAGUGUAACAGAGAUAUCAACAGCAUUUACAACAGAUUCAUCAGAGGAAGAUUCAACAGAGGAAACUGAACCAUCAACUAUUGGAUUUACUGAUGAAUCAACUGCAACCACAAAACCCCAAUCAACCACAAGAGUUACAGCUGGAUUCACCUUAGAAGAAUCAACUAUAGACUUCACUGAUGAGACACUGGAACCGAUAACAUCAAUCCCAUCAGACAUAUCUACAAGUGUAACAGAGAUAUCAACAGCAUUUACAACAGAUUCAUCAGAGGAAGAUUCAACAGAAGAAACUGAACCAUCAACUAUUGGAUUUACUGAUGAAUCAACUGCAAUUACAAAACCCCAAUCAACUACAAGAGUUACAGCUGGAUUCACCUUAGAAGAAACUACUAUAGACUUCACUGAUGAGACAUUGGAACCGAUAACAUCAAUCCCAUCAGACAUAUCUACAACUACCGUAACUACAACAGCUCAGACAACUCAAAAAUCAACUGACACUGCAACUACUGUAACUACAACAGCUCAGACAACUCCAACAUCAACUGAAACUACAACUACCGUAACUACAACAGCUCAAACAACUCAAACAUCAACUGACACUGCAACUACUGAAACUACAACAGCUCAGCCAACUCCAACAUCAACUGACACUACAACUACCACAACUCAAACAUCAACUGACACUGCAACUACUGACACUGCAACUACUGAAACUACAACAGCUCAGACAACUCCAACAUCAACUGACACUACAACUACCAUAACUACAACACCUCAGCCAACUGAAACAUCAACUGACACUGCAACUACAGUAACUACAACAGCUCAGCCAACUCAAACAUCAACUGACACUGCAACUACAACAGCUCAGACAACUCAAACAUCAACUGACACUGCAACUACUGAAACUACAACAGCUCAGACAACUCCAACAUCAACUGACACUACAACUACUGUAACUACAACACCUCAGCCAAUUCAAACAUCAACUGACACUGCAACUAAAACAGCUCAGACAACUCAAACAUCAACUGACACUGCAACUACUGAAACUACAACAGCUCAGACAACUCCAACAUCAACUGACACUGCAACUACUGAAACUACAACAGCUCAGACAACUCCAACAUCAACUGACACUACAACUACUGUAACUACAACAGCUCAGCCAACUCAAACAUCAACUGACACUGCAACUACUGAAACUACAACAGCUCAGCCAACUCAAACAUCAACUGACACUACAACUACUGUAACUACAACAGCUCAGUCGACUCAAACAUCAACUGACACUGCAACUACUGAAACUACAACAGCUCAGACAACUCCAACAUCAACUGACACUACAACUACCGUAACUACAACAGCUCAGCCAACUGAAACAUCAACUGACACUGCAACUACUGAAACUACAACACCUCAGCCAACUCAAACAUCAACUGACACUACAACUACAGUAACUACAACAGCUCAGCCAACUCAAACAUCAACUGACACUACAACUACUGAAACUACAACACCUCAGCCAACUCAAACAUCAACUGACACUACAACUACCACAACUCAAACAUCAACUGACACUACAACUACUGAAACUACAACACCUCAGCCAACUCAAACAUCAACUGACACUACAACUACCGUAACUACAACAGCUCAUGACACUGCAACUACAGUAACUACAACAGCUCAGACAACUCAAACAUCAACUGACACUGCAACUACAACAGCUCAGACAACUCCAACAUCAACUGACACGACAACUACCGUAACUACAACAGCUCAGCCAACUCCAACAUCAACUGACACUGCAACUACAGUAACUACAACAGCUCAGCCAACUCCAACAUCAACUGACACUGCAACUACAGUAACUACAACAGCUCAGACAACUCAAACAUCAACUGACACUGCAACUACAACACCAACUCCAACAUCAACUGACACUGCAACUACAGUAACUACAACAGCUCAGACAACUCAAACAUCAACUGACACUGCAACUACAACAGCUCAGCCAACUCCAACAUCAACUGACACUACAACUACCGUAACUACAACAGCUCAGCCAACUCAAACAUCAACUGACACUACAACUACAACAGCUCAGCCAACUCCAACAUCAACUGACACUACAACUACCGUAACUACAACAGCUCAGACAACUCAAACAUCAACUGACACUGCAACUACAACAGCUCAGCCAACUCCAACAUCAACUGACACUACAACUACCGUAACUACAACAGCUCAGCCAACUCAAACAUCAAUUGACACUACAACUACCGUAACUACAACAGCUCAGCCAACUCAAACAUCAACUGACACUACAACUACUGUAACUACAACAGCUCAGCCAACUCCAACAUCAACUGACACUACAACUACUGUAACUACAACAGCUCAGCCAACUCAAACAUCAACUGACACUACAACUACUGUAACUACAACCACUACAACCAGUCCCACUACAACUACAACUACAACCAGUCCUACUACAACUACAACUACAACCAGUCCCACUACAACUACAACCAGUCCUACUACAACUACAACUACAACCAGUCCCACUACAACUACAACUACAACCAGUCCCACUACAACUACAACCAGUCCCACUACAACUACAACUACAACCAGUCCCACUACAACUACAACUAGUCCCACUACAACUACAACCAGUCCUACUACAACUACAACUACAACCAGUCCCACUACAACUACAACCAGUCCCACUACAACUACAACCAGUCCCACUACAACUACAACCAGUCCUACUACAACUACAACUACAACCAGUCCCACUACAACUACAACCAGUCCCACUACAACUACAACCAGUCCCACUACAACUACAACUACAACCAGUCCCACUACAACUACAACCAGUCCCACUACAACUACAACUACAACCAGUCCCACUACAACUACAACUAGUCCCACUACAACUACAACCAGUCCUACUACAACUACAACUACAACCAGUCCCACUACAACUACAACCAGUCCCACUACAACUACAACCAGCCCUACUACAACUACAACCAGUCCCACUACAACUACAACUAGUCCCACUACUACUACAACCAGUCCUACUACAACUACAACCAGUCCCACUACAACUACAACCAGUCCUACUACAACUACAACCAGUCCUACUACAACUACAACUACAACCAAACCAACCACCACCACCACAAAAACAACAACAACAACAACGCCCACCACCACCACCACCACCACAAAACCAACAACAACAACAACAACGCCCACCACCACCACCACCACAUUGGCACCACGUCCUCUGCCAUCAGUAGCCAUUCAGAUUGUCAUUAUUGUG